UGGCACGGCAAAACUACCUCGCAUUCGAGCGAGCUUAAUGAAAUCAACUACUGCGGCAGAUAUGAGGUUCCAGAGCUCCAGAGCAGACCAGAGACUCGGAAGAAGCCGCUCUGGUGACCUUUACUGUCACCGGCGUUCUCGAUUUGACUUCCAGGCUGUAAUCUGGAACACGGAACUUCUGUACCUACCCCUAGAGAAGCUGAUGGGACCUUGGGCCAUCGCACCGGUUGAGCGUAAGCCCCCGCUCGUAUACUAAAAACCAAGAGCCCAGUCGGAGUUAUGAAACCCAUUCAUUUGCAACGGGAGGAUAUAUAGCAAGACUCUCUCCGAGAGAAAACCAGCCUUGCUGUCCUUCCCGCAACAUACGCAAGCUCCUCACAAUGCCCGGUCAACGCCUCUCUCAAUCCGAUCCACCUCCUGACCCCUCUCAUCUCCCCGACUCCAUUCUAGAGAAUAGUGUCCAGCUUGAUGUCUCCUCCUUUGCCAUUAGCAAUGCCGAGCUUGAUGCCAUUCAGAAAUUCAGGUGUGCGGCCAAUUACAUUGCUGCGGCGAUGAUAUUCUUGAAGGACGACGUAUUGCUUGAACGCGAGUUAACCUUUAACGACAUUAAACCUCGUCUACUUGGCCACUGGGGAACGUGCCCCGGUCUUACCCUCGUAUACGCACAUCUUAAUCGUAUCAUCAAGAAAACCAACCUCGACUCUCUCCUCGUUGUCGGACCUGGUCAUGGCGCACCUGGCAUUCUGUCUUGCCUUUGGCUAGAGGAUUCGAUAUCACCUUUUUAUCCUUCGUAUACGCGCGAUCGAGUUGGUUUAACCAACCUUAUCAGAAAGUUUAGUGCACCUGGCGGUUUCCCGAGCCAUAUCAACGCCGAAACACCUGGAUGCAUUCACGAGGGAGGCGAACUCGGUUAUGCGCUGUCCGUUGCCUUUGGCGCGGCGUUGGAUAACCCUCAUCUCGUCGUCACUUGCGUCGUUGGAGAUGGCGAAGCGGAGACGGGACCCACUGCCACUGCCUGGCAUGGGUAUAAAUUCAUUGACCCGGUCGUAUCUGGUGCUGUGCUACCCAUCGUGCACGUCAACGGCUUCAAGAUUUCCAAUCGUACCAUAUAUGGAUGCAUGGACGACAAAGAACUCGUUGCUUUAUUCUGGUGUGUCUUUCGGAAUGCCAUUAGUCUUACACAGAUUCACCCGCCUUACAGUGGCUAUGGCUACCAGCCUCGUAUCGUCAAGAACAUGGAGGACAUCGAUAAGGACCUCGCCGCUUCCAUGGAGUGGGCGUUGAAGGAAAUCGCUCGUAUUCAACAAGCUGCACGCUCGGGGAAGCCUGUCAUUAAGCCUCGUUGGCCUGUAAUCAUUUUGCGUACCCCUAAAGGGUUCACAGGACCGAAGGAACUGCACGGCGAAUAUAUCGAGGGGUCGUAUCGCUCUCAUCAGGUACCGCUUCCGAAUGCGAAGACGGAUGAGGGGGAGUUGAAGAUGCUAGAAUCCUGGUUGUCCAGCUACGGUCCACGGCAACUUUUUUGCAUUGGUGGUGACAAGGACACGUCCGAUGGUGCACCCUAUCCAGAUCUAUUGCAGAUUGUUCCCGAAAACAGAGAUAAACGACUGGGAAUGAGGAAGGAGGCAUAUGCUGCUUACCAACCGCUGAAGGUCCCAGCUUGGUCAACUUUCGGUGUGCAGAAGCAAUCGCAGGCAAGCUGCAUGAAGACAGUUGGUGAAUUUCUCAAGUAUGUGGUCAAGGACAAUCCGACAAGAUUCAGGAUAUUCUCCCCCGAUGAGUUGGAGUCGAACAAGCUUGGGGCUGUUCUCGAGGUGACGGGCCGUAGCAUGCAGUGGGACGUUGCAUGUCGUGCGCAAGACGGGCGAGUCAUCGAGAUACUAUCCGAGCAUACGUGUGAAGGAAUGUUGCAAGGUUAUACGCUUACCGGUAGGACUGGGUUGUUCCCUAGCUACGAGGCAUUCUUGGGCAUCGUGCAUACCAUGAUGGUCCAAUAUAGCAAGUUUGCCAAAACGGCAUUUGAAACAAAGUGGAGGCAAGACUUAGGCUCUAUUAACUUCAUCGAGACAUCGACAUGGGCGCGGCAAGAGCACAAUGGUUUCUCUCACCAGAACCCCGGUUUCAUCGGUGCAAUCCUUAACUUGAAGCCUAAGAUUGCCCGUGUCUACCUCCCUCCCGACGCGAACUGCUGGUUAUCUACAAUGGCGCACUGUUUGAGAUCCAGGAAUUACAUCAAUCUUAUUGUUGGGAGCAAACAACCGACUUCAGUGUGGCUAGACCCAGAGGAGGCCGAUCGGCACUGUAUUGCAGGAGCUUCUGUCUGGAAGUUUGCGAGCGUCGAUGAAGGAGUUGACCCUGACGUUGUGCUUGUUGGCAUCGGUACUGAGGUCACCUUCGAGGUCAUUGCAGCGGCGGCCCUCCUGCGCAAGGAAGUACCCGACCUUCGUGUGCGCGUUGUCAAUGUGACGGACCUCAUGAUUUUGGGUCCAUUCGGCAGCCAUCCGCAUGCUCUGAGCGACGAUGAUUUCAAUACGCUGUUCACAAUAGAUAGGUCGAUUAUCGUUAACUUCCAUGGUUAUCCUCUUGACAUUAGGGGAUUGGUAUUUGGGAGGCAUGGGAUCGAAAGGAUGGUAAUUGAGGGAUACCGUGAGGAAGGGACAACUACAACUCCUUUUGAUAUGAUGCUUUGCAACGGAACAUCAAGGUAUCAUUUGGCCGCAGCUGCCGUUCGUGCAGGAGCCCUCUUCAAUAGCAAGGUCUCCCGUGUAGCGCACCAGGUAGCGAGUUACCUCAUGCACUGUGCUGCGAAGGACAAGGAGUUCAUUUAUGCACACGGCCAUGAUCCUGAUGGGAUGUUUGACACGCCUGUAUUUGAGACGAAGAAAUAAGGAGUAUGUAGACCACCUGUAGCAAUGUUACCGUUGGGUGUAGGUUAGGUAUUAUGUUCGAGGCCAAACUCUUAUGCGAACAAACGUGCCUCACAAUGGAAAGCUAGAGGCGUCGGUACUUCGACGAAUGGAUGUUACGCGG